AUGGCAGAGGAGGUUGAAAUAUCUAUGCCAUUCCGGGAUAGGAAUGCUGCCUCUCGGAAGUCGCCUGAGAAACCCAACAAGCCAAAAUCGACAGUGCUCUCAAAUACCUCUAGUUCAGCCAUGCUUGAGGCUUUUGAGUCCAUGGAUGAGACGGGGAGAAACAAGCUGAUACAGAGCUUAGACAAUCUGAGCUGGGCACAGACUUGGGAUUUGUCCAAACAGUUUGACAAACGCAGGAGAAAGAGGAUGCCUGUGCAGCAGCCUCUCUUCGGCAUGGACAACGACAGUCACUCUUGCCCUGAGAUGCUUCCCGCAGCGAGGGAUGGACCUGGGGCCGAUCUGAGCAGCAGUGUCUAUAAGUCGCUCGCAAAGCCCAGGAAUGCCGAAGGUGUUGAGGAACCUGAGCCAUGGGCAGCUGACCCACCCGAGUUCAUUCCUAAUGAUGAACUUGGAGAAAUCGAAAAGAAGGCCAAAUCGUCCAACAAUGUGGACAUUCGGACCCAGCGUAAUGUCCGACAGAAAAUUCAAGCCAAGGCAUACGCAAAAUCCCGCCGUAUCUUCCCAAUUGUCCAGGGUGGAAUCCUCACGCUCACAUCAGAAUGCAACGAAGCUGUUUAUGAGCCUGAUCGAACUCUUCCUGAUGAUUGCACUUGGGACAUCCAAGAAGCAGAUAAUCAGUGGCGAGAACUCAAACACAGGAUUUCAUCGUUUGAUCUUCCUAACGCGAGCGUCAGAGAGCAGUUUCGCAGCUGGUGGAAUCAGCUUCCGGCAGGAAGCCGGGUUGAUAUCUUUCAUGUUGCCUUCUUUGACGGAACCGCGAUGCCCGAUGGGCAGCAUUCUAUGAUUCUGCCUGACAUCAAGCAUAUCCCCACCCCCAGGAACAUGAAAGACGAGCAGACACGCCUUCAUUGGCACGAGACAUCGGAAGGCUAUGUCUACAACCUGGGAAAGGUCAACCAAAGACGAAUAAAGAAAGAGCAGGAACAACAAGAGCACCUGCGUCGCACUGCGGCUCACCGCGCCUGGCUAGCACUACCACCAGAUUCAAAGGUCGUUCCACCCGGCAUCUAUCUGCGCCCUGCAGAACAGUAUGAUACUUCUUCUAUCCUUGAAAUCAUGAAGUGGUAUGCACAAAACUCAGCUUUGGGUAGCAAACUCCAGUCUAUGGAGGCGAAUGAGUUUGAGGAGCUCCUUCAAUUUUGCCGGGAUAACAAUCUCCCCUUCGUUGUGGCUGCCCGACGUCCGCCGGUACGCUUGUGCCGCAACCAGAUUGACCCUGUGGUUGGCUACGCCUAUGUCGAAUUCCAUCAGCACGGCAAUAGUGCUGACAAGCACAUGGGUGAACUGCAUGUCUUCGUCCAAAAGGGCAACAAGAAUCAGCACAUCGGACGGGCACUGGUCGAUAUGGUCCUCUCUUGCUUUGAUGGGACCUAUAAGCAAAGCACCGAUUAUGAGUUUGACCAAACCGGCACAGUGCAGUAUGGUGAGGGUUAUGGCCACCCCCUCACAUCAAUGGUUUGCGCCAUUGCAACGUCUGCGGAAGCUGAGGAGAAUGCCUGGAUCAAGAAGUGGUUGGAGAGGGACUUUGGCUUUAAGGACAAGGGCGCACUCGAGAAUGCGAGGGUGGAGAGUGGCAAUGGGUGGGUCUUAUCUUGUGUUUUCACUUUCAGCUUGGUGCAUUUACUGACGCCUAUUCUUAGUUUCGACCUUACUUACAUGGCCCGUCGCCUCAAGGCCACACAUGUGACCAAUAACCGACCCCAGGCUCAAGUCCAGCCCCAGGAUAGUGCUACCCAUGCGAUACUCAACUACCUCUGA